AGUAGCAGAAAGUGAGGCUGGCAGCCGGCUGCAAAGGAGCCGGGCGAGCAGCAGCGGCGGCAGGAAGUCUGUGCCCAAGAAGAGCAGAAAUAAGAGCCAGGGAGGGACCGCGGCGGCGGCGAGAGUGAAAGAGGAAACUGCAGAAGAGGAAGCUCUGCCGCAGCACCGAGGCUCCUCCGGCUCCCGCGCCCAGCAUCCCCACGCCGCCCGCCCCGGCCCCCCGGGACCCUCCUGCGCCCCUGCCACCCGGCGCCCCCUCCUCAGCGCACCCGCCGCUGCCCCACGCGCCCGGCCACGCCGCCUCGCCGCCCUCGUCUGCCAUGGCCCGGGAGAACGGCGAGAGCAGCUCCUCCUGGAAAAAGCAAGCGGAGGAUAUCAAGAAAAUUUUCGAGUUCAAGGAGACUCUUGGCACCGGGGCCUUUUCUGAAGUGGUCUUAGCCGAGGAGAAGGCAACUGGAAAGCUGUUUGCGGUGAAGUGCAUCCCUAAGAAGGCGCUGAAGGGCAAGGAAAGCAGCAUUGAGAAUGAGAUAGCCGUUCUGAGAAAGAUUAAGCAUGAAAACAUUGUUGCCCUGGAAGACAUUUAUGAAAGCCCAAAUCACUUGUACCUGGUCAUGCAGCUUGUAUCUGGUGGAGAGCUGUUUGAUCGGAUCGUGGAGAAAGGAUUUUACACAGAGAAAGAUGCCAGCACUCUGAUCCGCCAGGUCUUGGAUGCUGUCUACUAUCUCCAUAGAAUGGGCAUCGUCCACAGGGACCUCAAGCCCGAAAACCUGUUGUACUACAGUCAAGAUGAGGAAUCCAAAAUAAUGAUCAGUGAUUUUGGAUUGUCCAAAAUGGAGGGUAAAGGGGAUGUGAUGUCCACAGCCUGUGGGACCCCUGGCUAUGUCGCUCCUGAGGUCCUCGCCCAGAAACCAUACAGCAAAGCUGUUGACUGCUGGUCCAUCGGGGUGAUUGCCUAUAUCUUGCUCUGUGGCUACCCUCCUUUUUAUGAUGAAAAUGACUCCAAGCUCUUUGAACAGAUCCUCAAGGCUGAAUAUGAGUUUGACUCGCCCUACUGGGACGACAUCUCCGAUUCUGCAAAAGAUUUCAUUCGGAAUCUGAUGGAGAAAGAUCCAAAUAAAAGAUACACAUGUGAGCAGGCAGCUCGGCACCCAUGGAUUGCGGGGGACACCGCCCUCAACAAAAACAUCCACGAGUCCGUCAGCGCCCAGAUCCGGAAGAACUUCGCCAAGAGCAAAUGGAGACAAGCAUUUAAUGCCACAGCUGUCGUGAGGCAUAUGAGAAAACUCCACCUUGGCAGCAGCCUGGACAGUUCAAAUGCAAGCGUCUCAAGCAACCUCAGUCUGGCCAGCCAAAAAGAUUGUGCGUCUGGCACCCUCCACGCUCUGUAGUUUCAUUUCCUCUUCAUCAGGGGUCUCAGGAGUGGGAGCCGAGCGGAGACCGAGGCCCACCACUGUGACGACAGUACACUCUGGAAGCAAGUGACUGGCUCUGGAGGUGGGGCCCGGGGGCGGGGCCUCAGGUGGGGCCGGGGGGCGGGGCCUCAGCUGGGGCCGGGAAGGGGGCCCCGGGGGGCCUCCAGCGCCACCAGCUACGCCAGAGUGAUCCCACCUUGCAUGGUGCGCCUUUCUGCACAGGACUGGAAGACAGAAGUUUUUUUAUGGCCAUAUUUUAUACUGCAAUUCUGAAAUGUUCAUUUCUCACAAACUGUACUGACUCAAGGGAGCUGAUUUAAUAGGACCUGGUGCUGUAUAUAUGAAUCUUGCAAAGCUCUAAUGGAAUGGACUCUAUCCUCUCCCCAACUCUUGUCAUUUCCGCUCUUCUCAGUAUAGGUAACCAUCUAUGUUGUAUUUUUGUUUUUAAUUAAUGACAAAAACGGUUUCAACUGGAUUAUUUAAGUAUUGGUAAAUAUUGUGCAUUAGGGUUUCAUUUUUUUCUUUUUAAGAAAUAUGUCCUUGCAAUCUAUACUUCUUUGUUACGUGACCUAUAUCUUUUGCUUGUCAGUAUAGAGUUUAUGUUAACCUUUAAGCGAUUUUUUUUCUCCAUGGUGAAUUUAAAGGUAUUUUUUAAAAUUCUAAUAAGAGGGUCGAGAAUCUGUCUCCAAGGCAAAGAGUGCACUUUACUUCCUUCCUUCUCUUUCUGUCCGGAGGGGCAGCUCUCUAAGAAGACAAUUCAACAGUUCUGCAGGGCUGUCUCCUCUCCGGGUCGCUUUGGGAGGGAACCUGCAGAAAACCUUUCCCGGUAACUCCUUCGGCAAACCCCUCGCCAACCAGAGACGCCAGGGCCCCUUGCCAUCAGCGGUCAGAAAUUAAGAAGCCUGCUCCCCAGAGACUAAAGGCUGAACUUCAGAGGCUGGACUUGCUAUGAAGGAGAAGCCCACCCAGCAGAUAUUUAAGUAUUUCCCUCACAAAAGGAACAAGAUGCCAUUUUGUUUCAAGUGAGCCUUCCAGGCAGCUCUCAUUUCUCAUGAGGGGUCACCCACAAAAGCAUUGCUCUCAGCUAUGCAGUUUUCAAAUUAAUCUCUCUCUGUUUCUUAAAAAUGCAUUUCUAAGCUUACACUUAAAAUGGCCUCCAACUCACAUAAGUUGUUUCUGCACAUUUUUACCCUAUUGUACGAAUGUUAUCUGGAGGAGGAAAGGGAAAUGGCCUAGGUAAAGAGUCCGUUUAUCUGGGAUAGUGAGGAGAGGUGACCUGCCAAGUAAGCAGGACACUGGCCACUGCAGUGAUGGCCCGACCCCACCUCAGCCAGGCCCAGACGGCACCUGAAGCUGUCCCUCUGACCAAGGCAAUCUGAAAACUAGACCUGUGGUGGUGGGGUCACCAAAGGUCACAGUUUCCCCAGGACUGAAGGAUUUCUCGGCGUGUAGGACUUGCAGUGCUAACACCGUCAGUGACCCAGGGAAACGGCCACGUUGUUCAGCCACAUGGUCGGUCGGUGUGCAGGACACAGCAGUCACGGGGUGAAACCCAGGGCAAACCACUUCUCAAGGAGCCUGCAGGGACGCUCUCCUGUAGAGGCAAGCAGGUGACUCCCAACGCCAGCUUUUCGUCCCUCAGCCCUGGGACCAUGUGAGUCUGCAUCCCACAAUCAGCUCCAGCCGGCGUGUGUCCCUGAGGUCUGCCUGAGGGUCUAGUGCCAUUCCCGGCUGUUGUCCUCAUGCCCUUCUCCUGCAGUUGGCCAAACUUGGCAGCUCCUAUUGGUCAAGGCUUCUCCAUCACUUCCACACCUUUGCCUAUGUCCAGGCCAAACGUUUAUGGAUAACUGCCCGCAACACACACACACACACACACACACACACACACACACACACACACAGUGUUAGGAGAUUCAGCGGCUUAAUUCUGCCUCCUUUAGGACAGCAGUGCAGCUUACAUUCGUAAGCAUAGCUGGAAAGACAGGCAGCUGGUCCCCCUGUUCCCACAAACAACGUAGGCACUCAGCCCUUGGGCAGGAAUCGUGCUUGGUGGCUGCCACACUGGCAUCCAGAGUGAAAUCAGUCUGUCACUCUUCAGAAUCUGUAAAAAGCCUGGAAAAGUCUAUAAAAUGACAAUAGACCCAGUUAAAAAAUAAGUGAGUUGAAUAUGCAUCCACCCCCCACGCUCAGGACAAUAGCGUGAGUCUUGUAAAGGGAAUCUGAGGAAACGGAGGCCUCUCUCCAGGGGAUUCAGUAGGAUGUCACCUACUAACACGUGUAACGGAACGUUUAAGUUUCUACAGUAUAAGAAAACCAAUCAUUAGAUGUCACCUUAGCCUGACUUUGGUACCUGUAGUGUGUGCCUGCGUAGUCGUCAGCUCUUUGUACUGUGUGCGAUAUGCAGCAGUUGUGUUGGGAAAGCAGCAUUUGAAGCCAAAGUCCAUUAUUGGUGAUUACAUGAUUUUCUGGAGCGGAUAGGUGGCGUGCGUGUUAUAUCCAAGUAGUUUGAAAGUAUGUUCUACCUGAAAAGUGCAGCUGAAAGAUGGGCCCUACCACAGGUGUCCUCUUUGUAGUUUGGGUCGGCUCUCAGCCAUGCUUGGCCUGGAACACAUCAGGUCCCAGUAACAUACGCAGUGGGAGGAGGAGAUGGUGACUGGUUUCAGCCCAAAGGUUGAACUUGACAUCGGGCAAGUCCAUACUGUCUCCAUGUCGCCAGACUUAGGUUAUUUCCUAUUAUUUUAGGAAGAGGAGAAAAUUGCCAUAUGGAAGAACUUUUGCUCUUUUGAGAGAGCUUGAGUUGUAUAGGGAUAGAGGUUCUCUUUCAGCUGGAUUUGGUAUUACGCUUCCCUACAACACUGGAAGAGAACGUAGAAUGUACCUUUUGUUAAGACCUGCCGAGUGGGGUGGCAAAGUCCUAGCACUCUCACUGAUGCCAAAUUCCAUCAGUACUAGCUGAGCUUUCACGUGUACACUGCGCUCAGAGCCAGUGUGUGUGGACCCCAGCCCCAUCACAGGCUUCCUUCCAGCCCCAACUCUUCCGCCCCCCACCUUCUCCUCACCUCCUCAGAGCAGGGGGAUUUUCUUUCUCACAUUUUGAAAUGUGUCCUCAAAUUGUCUUUCCCUCAGCUGCCUGUCUGUCCCUCCCUCACUUCCCUGUCCCCCUUCGCUUCAUCUCAUCAGGGAGCCCAUAGUAGAAGCUGGCAUUUCCCUUCAACCAGCAGUGAGUUCAUGCCCACAUGCAGGUCCCCAACAGAGCGGCAGCUUAUUGCUCUUCACCAGUCCCUGGAGUCUGGACUGCUCACUGCCCUCCCUCAGCGGGCACUCUGGGCUCUGGAGUGUCGGCUUGCAGCGGGGAAGAGGACCUGGAGCUGAGAGGGGAGGGCCUGCCCACGUGAAGUGCACACAACCGUAGAAAACCCUCCCGCAGCGAAAGUGCCCAGAUGGACCAACAGCAGUGCCAGGGAUGCUGCUGACCGUUGCGGUGGGCAAUUUCCACCGCCUCUUACUGCCCCCGUCUCCACAGGAGAAUAGAAAGGACAUGUCCCCCUUCAUGUUCCCUUUUUGUUGUUGUUUAAAAAAAGAACUAUGCAGAAAGCAUGCCCCGCCCCCGCCCCCCAAGAGCAGGCGUGGCUUCGUGUUCUUGACUGUGGCUGUGAUUUAUUUUAGUCCCACGCAAGAACAGGGAGCAGCUCCCCCUGGCGCAGGAGCUUGUGACCUUUGACAAGGUCCCACUCUCCAGGUAGCUCUUAGCAUAUUGUCCAAGGCACUCAGCAUUCCAGCUUGGGUCAAAAGAAGACACCUUUGGCUGAAGAGGCCGGGCCUGAGCCGUUGGAUGCAAGGGCUUACUCGUGGGACCCUCAGACUCAGUUUACCUGCCCAGCCCUAGUCUCAUCCUAUUCACUUGUCUACGCUGGUGUCCAACAUGUCCUGAAUGGAUUAUGGGUAGAAGGGGGGAACUGUCCUGCAGAAUGAAGGUCAGGGACACCAGGGACAAAGGGGAGGGAGCCCAAGGGACCCCUCCUGAAAGGGGGCUGACCUGCGAUCUCGAAGAGUGACAGCUUAAUCCAGUUAACCCACUGGGGCUUGAUGUCUCAUGAGCAAUUUCAAACAAAGAACAGACCCUGGCUCAGUAGAGAUACCUCAGUGAGUUAAGGCUUUCGCCACCGUGGCCCAGUGGCCCACCCAGAGUCUUGGCACUACUGGUCUUCACACUGGAGAGGCCACACUGGCACCAUCAUCGCUCCAGGCUGAAGACAGGAGGGCUGUGGUCCCUGGCUCUGAGCUCAGGCCAGCAACACGCCCUACUGUGUGAUUUCCGUGGCACAGCGGCCCUGCAGGGUUUCCUUGGGAUCUGAGAAAGGAAGGCAAGGGCCGGCAAAGGGCCGCUCCUCCCGCUUCCAUACACAGAAAUAAGAUGCGCUCUUUCCCAGGGGCAUGCAGUCACUUCUGGCCAGGGAGAGGGAGGUCCUGGGACUCAUCCCAAUGCAGGAGCCUCCGCAUGUUCCCUAAAACGAUACCCCGCCCCCUCCUGUCGACUCUCGCCCGCAAAGUUUGCCUUCUCCUUACACAUUCCAGACCAAACACUGUUCUGUCCCCAAAAACUGGUAUAUACCUGUAUGUAACCCACCACUCUUGGGGGCACCUGGUCCUAGGUUGAGGCUGCAAGUCUACCUGACAUUCGCAAACAAGCGUUGCAAUCCUUUGGUUUUCAGAAUUGAAGAUGUUAAGAUAGAAAAGGUAAAGUGGCCGAACAGAUUGCUAAAAGGAGGGUGACUUAUGUCCUGAAAACUAGUCUGCAGAUGAAUUAACUUGAACAGCUAUACCAUGGACAGCAGACUGGGGGCAGUGAGAGGAGGACAGAGGCCCACGCCCCCGUCAGCCCAAUCCUUCAUUGUGGUCCUGUGUGCCAUGCUGUGCAGCCCGGGUGUGGGCACAGGAGCCCAGCCCCACUGUGAAAUCAGCCUGCAUGCCCGCCAAGGCUUGGCCCACGGGAAGGCACCUCAGCUCUCCCAGCCCCCUCAGCCGGCGACCUGCACAGCUCAGCUUGUGGCUCUGGGGGCAGGGCGGGGUGCGGGGUGCGCUCCUAAGAAUCCAAAGCCUGUGCAUUCGGCAGCCAAACCCGCAGCAUGUGGCUGCCAGGGCUGGUUUUGUGGACAAAGCAAAGCGUGGAAUGGCUUCUCUGUAUCUUUCUACACCAAAGGGACAAACUACUGCGUUCACCCUUUGUACCAAUGCCGCUUCUGCAUUCGCCAUACCUGUUUUUACCCUGUUGGUCUCCAGGAACUUCUUCUACGAUGAUUAUGACUUCUGAUUAUUCACAGUUUCCUUUUACUUAGAGGUGAUUUUAUUUUCUUAUGGAUAGGAAAAAAGAAAAUGAGAGGAGUGUUUGAGGAUUUAGUCAUAGCAAUGAGACGUCAGCAGGGACUCGAAUGCCCCCAAACACUAGAUGAAUUACUUCUCAAAGGAAAACCUUAAUCUGGACAGAGUGAGGUUCCUGGGCCCUCAUGGCAGGCCUUCACUUUGGGGAAGGAGCGGGGUGCUGGAGCAGCUCUGGCAGCCAGGCUUGCAAAGUAGGGACAGACAGACAGAGAGAAGGAAGAGGACAUUUGUGCUCUUCUUCCCAGGGGCACUUGGCCUUCAGAACGGUGUGAAAUGCUGUCCAAAUGGCUCAGAUGCUUUGUUUUCAAAGAUGGGGCCACAUGUUUCAGAGAGUGUUUAUGUCAGUCCCAUGUUCAGGUUGGGAGACAUGAAAAGUACAUUCUGUCCAGAAUCAAAAUUUGGAACAAUUUCGCACAAUUGGCUUUACCCUACACACAAUGUCAUCGACCUUCUUGCAGCUCUCCCAACACUAAGCAUGUUUUCCAAAAGCUUCUGACGUCGAACCCAGGAAUGUCCCCUGUCUAUUAUUACCAGGCUUGCGAUUGGUUCCAUUUUUCCAUAAAAACAUGCUUGUCCAAAAGAAGGGGAACUGUGCAUUUAUUCCAUGCAUGUAAUAAACUCUGCAAGAAGUUUAGCCCAUAUCGGUUUGCAGCUCUGCAAAAUUGUGAAUGGGCCUAUGUAGCAAGUGAAUCUCUGCCUUGACAAUCAUGUACACAUAUCCAGAUGUCUUUCAUAAUGACGAGACUGAUGACUUCUUGUUUUCCUUCAAUAAAGAUAAUUAAUCAUC